CCAAACCAAAACAUUUCCUCCAAUUUUAAUCUGUUGAUGGACAAGAUCUUCUCAACAACCAUUCUCUACAUCCUAUUAUGUCUCUCCACUCUUGUCUUCUAUCACGUAUCGAAAAAACGAAUCAAGAAUCGCAAACAUACGCCAAACUUGCCCCCGGGCACAAUGGGUUGGCCAUAUGUCGGCGAGACACUUCAAUUGUACUCCAAGGAUCCCGACACCUUCUUCUCCGACAAGCAAAAGAGAUAUGGAGAUAUAUUUAAGACAAACAUUCUAGGAUGCCCUUGUGUGAUGCUCGCUAGUCCCGAAGCAUCGAAGUUCAUCUUAGCAACAAAUGCCGAUCUUUUCAAGCCUACGUAUCCCAAAAGCAAAGAAAAGAUGAUCGGCCCAAUGGCUCUAUUCUUCCACCAAGGCGAAUACCAUAGCAACUUGAAAAAACUCGUACAAACCUCGUUUUCUCCAAAGAUGAUUAAGAAAUUGAUUCCUAAAAUCGAGUCCAUAUGUAUCUCGAUCUUGGAUUCUUGGGUAGAUGGGCAAGUUAUCAACACAUUCCGGGAGAUGAAAAGGUUGUCCUUUGAGGUGGGGAUUUUAGCUAUUUUCGGACAAUUGGAGAAGGAAAGAAAAGACGAGUUGCACAAAAAUUAUGUCAUUGUCGAUAAGGGUUACAAUUCCUUCCCUACAAAUCUAAUUGGAACCCCUUAUUACAAAGCCUUGCAAGCAAGAAAGCGGUUAAAUGAGAUUCUUCGAGAAAUUAUUUGCGAAAGGAAGAAAAUGUUAGAAGAGAAGAAUCUUCUAUUAGGGCAACUUAUUGAGUUUAAAGAUGUCCGAGGAGUGACACUAUCCGAUGACCAAAUUUCGGACAACAUCAUCGGAGUGUUGUUUGCGGCUCAAGACACAACCGCGGCUGCGAUAACUUGGAUCCUCAAAUAUCUUCACGAUCAUCCCAAGCUUCUCGAAGCUGUCAAAGAAGAACAGAAAGAAAUCUAUUUGUGGAAUGACAGAGGAAGAAAGAAUCUAACAUGGACACAGACCAAAAACAUGCCACUAACUUAUAAGGUCAUUUUAGAGAGCUUAAGAAUGGCCAGCAUUGUGUCAUUUACAUUUAGAGAAGCUGUUGUGGAUGUUGAAUAUAAUGGUUUUCAUAUUCCAAAGGGGUGGAAAGUUAUGCCACUGUUCAGAAAUAUUCACCACAAUCCAGAAUAUUUCAGUGAACCUGAAAACUUUAAUCCUUACAGAUUUGAGGUAGCUCCUCGGGCCAAUACAUUUAUGCCAUUUGGCAGUGGGGCCCAUUCUUGUCCGGGCAAUGAACUUGCCAAACUUGAGAUUCUCAUUUUCAUCCACCAUCUACUAAAUAAAAUGAGGUGGGAAGUUGUGGGCCCGCAAAACGAGAUACAGUACAGCCCAUUUCCAAUUCCACAGAACGGGCUCCCGGCCCGAUUUUGGAGAGAGCCCGAAGACAAUAAUUAAUUUUUUUUGCCAUUUUAUUUAAUUAAUUAUGUUAUUAUUAUUAUUAGUAUUAAUUACUACAAAGGACUUGGUGACUUUGAUUGGUUCCAAGGGCUUAUUCUAUGUUCAAGUAUUAAGAUAUGCACAUUGUAUAUUAUAUAUAUAUAUAUAUUAUUUAUAUGAGAAUAAUAUUUAAUGUAAAUAUAUUAUUUAUUAUGUUUGUUGUGUCUAGUUCCCCCUGAGCUAAAUAAAUAUUAC